CGGGGAGGGGCGCAGCCGCGGCCGCCGCCCCCACGGAGGCGUCCCAGCAGCAGGCGUACCGGCGGCAGCUGGCCCACGCCCUGCGGCAGUGCGCGCUGGCCGACCGGCGCGAGGCUCGCGAUAAGCUCGCCCGAGAGCCACGCCGGCUGGGCACCUCCACGAAGGACCUCUACCAGGACCGCCACCAGAUGAACUGGGAAGGCGGCACGGAGGCCGAGCACAUCGAGGCGAUGAAGAACAAGAUCUCCCUCCAGAAGGCCGAUGUCGAGAGGACGAAGAAGGCUCGGGGCCAGCGUCUUUGGGAGAAGCGCGAGCUCUGCAACACCAAGCUGGAGGCGAUCAGGCGGGAGGAGCUGGAGCUCACUCAGCGGGAGCGGCGGCUGGCCAGGGAGCGCCAGGAGCACCUUCGGCUGAGGGAUGCCGUCAACGUGGAGGAUAAGGUGUGCUUCGACAGCUUCCCCAUGCUGCAGGACCGGUACCAGCUGCUGAGGGUUACGGGGCACCUGCCGCCGAGUCGCACCACGCGGGUGUUCAGCGCCUACGACCUGGCCGACAACCGCGGAUACAAUGUGCAAAGCUGCGCUGACCAGAAGAGGGCAAAUGAGUCCGUAGCGUGGCUCAAGGCCUCGCGUCCAGACCAGCUGGGUCCGCGGCGACUAGCCCCAGCGAUGGCGGGCCUGGGCGAUGACGGCCUGGUCUUCGAGGCGUCCGAGGCUGUCAAGGAGGCCCGCACCUUCGACCAGAUGGGCCUGCGGGACGAGGUGAUCCGGGGCGUGUAUGCCUACGGUUUUGACAGCCCCUCGGCCGUGCAGAAGCGUGCCAUCUUGCCGAUCUUGGCCGGGCGGGACGUGGUGGUGCAGUCCCAGAGCGGCACCGGCAAGACCACGGUGUUCUGCCUCGGCGCCCUGCAGGCAGUCUCCGUGGCGGUGGCGGAGCCGCAGGCCCUGCUGCUGUCCCCGACGCGCGAGCUGGCGGAGCAGAGCGCCAAGGUGUGUCGUGCGCUUGGCGACUACGUGGGCGUCAGGUUGCACUGCUGUGUUGGUGGGAAGAACGUCAAGGAUGGGAUCAAGGCGCUGAAAGCUGGAGUGCAUAUUGUUUCUGGCACGCCUGGGCGACUGCUCAGCAUGAUAAAGAAGGCGUGCGCCAUUCUGGCGAACCCCCAGAAGGAGAGUGAUCCGGUGGCUACAGUCAUUCCAUUUCUUUUGCGUGAGGUGGAGGAGUCGGGUGGUGACGAGGCUUUUUGGAAGUCAUUUGUGGCCUGUUGCGGGGUUUCUUAG